GUUAUAGAAGAACAACAUGCCCACCAGCUGUUGUGUGUACGGGUGUACAAAUCGAAAUCCCGAGGAACAUAAUUUUUUUGCAAUUCCCAGAGGAAACAGGCCAUUUCAAAAGCACCGUAGGAGCCUGUGGCUGCAAGCCAAAAGGACCGACUGGACCGAGGAAUCAUCUAGAAUGCCCGCGUUUGCAGUGCUCAUUUCAUAUCUGGUGAGAUGUCACUGGACCACGAGAGUCCUGAUUUUGUGCCCUCUAUUUUUUCAUACACUAAACAAAACCAAAACCCUGAUGCAAAGAUCAAAAGGUACCAAAGAAAAAAGAAAUGGAGUGAAAGACUUCUGGUUGCUCCACAAAUCAACCUGCUCCUGGAGCUCCAGAGGAAUCACCAGCAUGGAUCACAGUCCUACUGAAGAGGACAUCCCAGUCACGAUGACAGAAUACAAUGACCUGAACCUGAGGUACACCGAGCUGAAGAGUGACCACGUCAAUCUGCAGGAAAAGUAUCAACAGCUGCGAGAUGAAAAUGAGAGACUUAAAGAGGAGCUGAAGAAGUCUACAUUUUCAUACUCAAAUAUUAAGUGCAACAUGCUUUCACCAAAGGCAAACGGCAACUUUCUGCACAGGAGGUCGACACAUCAAGACAACUGUCACGUGUGA